AUUUAACACUUGGUUUAGUUGCCAAGGCCUGAGAAAAGGGAGGAAAAGAAAAGAAAGUAAAAGUUUGGAUUCUAAGUAAUAAUAUUGUAUUUGGAGCGAAAUAACUGAGUUGCGUUUUUGUUAUCAGUUUAUCUGGUUUUACUACUUUUUCUCGGAAACCAAACAGAUAGUUUUUUCAAGCUUUUUUAAUUUUCAUGCACUAUUUUACUUCGUUUGUCAACUAAAUCCAUUCUCGUGGUUUCUGAUCUGUGAAUUCAUGGGCAUAAACCUUUUGCUACUCAAAUCCUACUGUGUCUGAAUUGCUAAAUUCUUUGAACCAGUUAGUGCAAGCCGAAAGUUUCAACCUCAUUACCGAGCUGAAUAUUACUGAAUCUUCUGAAUCAUCAGUCAAAACUUUAGAAAUAGUAAAUAAAUGCUUAAAUGGCUUAUUUUUCCGAAUUAUUUCCCUGAAUUUCCCCAAAUUUCUUUAAAUAUCUUAAUCUGAUUCUGACCAUCCCUUUUUUUUCCUUAUUUAUUUUAAUUCAAUUCUAAUCGCCAGCCGAUGACUUGACAAUCAUAACUUGCGGUCAUGGCUAGUUGUCAGACAUUAAAAUAUUCCCUCUAAGAAGGUUUAAAUAAAUAAAUAAAUCCUUUUGCUCCAAACUCCCAAAGUCAUAAUAUGCUGCAUAAUGGAGUAAGCGCUUCCCAAUACCCAUAAUCUCUCCCAUCCUAGAUAAAAAUCUAUAAACUAAGCUGCUUUGGUACCCAGUUUUCAGUUUGAAGCCAUGGAAACUUUGAUCUUGCCACUUGCCCUUAUUCAUUUAGUAAGCGUCAUAAGGCUCUCAUAUUAAGUUUGCUGCAGCAGACUGAGACUUGUAGGGAACUAAGCUCUGCGCCUGGCCGCGAUUCAUGGCGUUAUAAAGCCUCAAACACACCAUAAACUUGAAGAUCAUUUGUGACUGCUGAAAUGAGAUGCAAUGCGUGCUGGCGGGAAUUGGAAGGGCGAGCCAUCUCGACCACCUGUGGCCACCUCUUGUGCUCGGAAGAUGCUAGCAAAAUCCUUAGUAGUGAUGCAGCAUGUCCCAUUUGUGAUCAAGUGCUCUCUAAGAGUCUCAUGAAACCUGUGGACGUCAAUCCAAAUGAUGAAUGGAUAAAUAUGGCCAUGGCAGGAGUAUCUCCCCAGAUAUUAAUGAAAAGUGCAUAUAGGAGUGUAAUGUUCUACAUUGGACAAAAGGAACUGGAGAUGCAAUACAAGAUGAACAGAAUAGUAGCCCAGUGCCGGCAGAAAUGUGAAAUGAUGCAAGAAAAAUUCACAGAAAAACUGGAGCAGGUGCAUACAGCAUACCAGAAAAUGGCCAAGAGGUGCCAGAUGAUGGAGCAAGAGAUUGAGACCAUGUCCAAGGACAAGCAAGAACUCCAAGAAAAAUUUUCUGAAAAAUCCAGGCAAAAGAGAAAACUUGAUGAAAUGUAUGAUCAGUUAAGAAGUGAAUAUGAGUCAAUGAAAAGAUCAGCUAUCCAACCCACAACCAAUUUCUAUUCAAGACCUGAGCCUGAUUUGUUCUCUAACCAACCCAAUAUCAUGGAUAACAGAGAUACAAUCAGAAAAGAUUGGUCGGUUUUCACUCCUGAAACUCCAGGACCUAAAGAGGAUAUAUGGACUGCAAGACAGAAUAGCUCUAAUUCUGGUGGCCCUUUUGAGGUCUCUGGUGGCUCACCAAUGAAACAAGCGCGAAUCUCAGUUGAUGCUGGGAACAGAAGGGCUGGUGCUUUUGGAACUGGAGCUGGAAACCCCUCAAUGACCAUAAGGAACCUAAUACUUUCACCAAUAAAACGGCCCCAGCUCUCCCGUGGCCGCCCUAACAUGUUCACGUUGUAGGCUUGGCAUUGGAGGGCUUGCACCGCUAGUCACGCCAGACAGUACUACACAAUCUGUAAGCAAUUAUUUUCCUGUCUGAAAACUAGGAUAGAAAAAGAUCAGGAAGAGGAAAAGGUGAAACAAAACAAUGGACCGUAGUACUGAUGUUUUUCAAUUGUACAUUUCUGUUACUGUGAUUGGAGAAAUAUAACCUGAACUUUUCCCGUAAGUAGCAUUCAGUUGAGACAAACACAAACCAGAAUAGGCAAAAAUAUUACUUUUACAUUGUGACAAAAUCAUUAAAAGGACAAGGGAAAAGAGAGUAGGAUAGUUUGACACUGUCUAAAGACACCCUAAGAGCAGGCCUGCACUUGUAUUUUGGAGCUUCUUGGUCACUUCACGAAAAGAUGAUAGAUUUGCAAAGGGUUUUAUACUAACUACAGGCAAUUCUUUACCUGUCUUCAGGAUUAAACACAAAAGAAAGAAGAAAGAAGGAGAGGACACAUUAUCAUAGACUUAUAAUCCUAAUGUCUCCAAUUUGUUUGUUGUAAACCUACCACAUCAUUCCAUGCUGUGCCUUUAUAUUUUACAUGCAAAACCAACUUAAUGCAU